AUGGAUCCCAACGCGCUCUACAUUGCGCUCUUCAUUCGUGAUGAUCCUCCUAAACCCAACGAUUAUCACUGGGCGCCCUACCACCACCGCAUCGACAGCAGCACCAAGUACCACAUCACCAACGAAGGGAACGGCUGGAUGGCCGGACAUGGCCCCGAGUCAGGCACUGGUAUCCUCAAAGCCUUCCUCCUCGUGGGUCUGAUACAAAUUGCAACCAUAAAAUCCACUACCUCGGCGCAGGAGACUUUAGAACGUGUCUUCCGAAGCUACGACGGAUACCUGAACGACAACGAGUACAGAACAUGCAGGACCUGGCUAUUAGAUGUGUUGAGAGAUCUACAGGAGGAUACGGGCAUGCUAAAUGGAGUCGACAUUGAAUCACUGGAGAAAGAGGCAAUGGACUGGAGCAAUCAGUAUGCGUUUGAGGCCAGCCGGAAUAUUGUCGACCCCCAAUCCGCCACCCUCACCAACAUAGAGGUCCUAGCCUACUUAACGGCCAACCCACCACGGCGACCACCGAACCCGCCGCCGAACUCAAGAAACUGGGUUCCCAGCCCGGAUCUACGAGACCACAAUACCGUUGUUAAGGAGAUCCACAACUACGUCACACGACUCUCUCCCCAUCUCCUCAAGUACCCCAAGUACACCCACCUCUCCCCCGCCCAAAUACAAGCCCAGUCACAGUCGACGACAGCCACAGCAAUCCCCCCAUCCCAGAUCAACGCCCCCACACCCCUCGACCAUGCGCUCCGGGAGCUCGUCACCAGAUUACAGCCCUACGGGCUAACCAAGGGUGAGGUGCUGAUGAUCGUGAACCUAGGGGUGGGGUUACAUGCGCCCGCGACGGAAGGUGAAGAAGGUGAAGAAAUGGGUGAGGGAGGGGAAGAAGAUGAGAGUGCAGAACAUCAUGGUAAUGGUGGGGAGGAGACGAACGGGAUGAUGGAGGUGGAUGGGGCUGAGGAAGGACAAGGAGGGGACGGUGAAAUACCAGAAGAGGAUUACGGGGCGUUGGCGCUGUUGGAUACAGUUAUUGAGGAGCGCGAGGAGAGACUGAGUAAUGAGGAUGUGACGAAUGUUUUGGCGAUUAUUCGGGAGACGUUGGGGUCGAGGAAGGGAGAGGGGGUGGAUGAGGAGGGAUAG